AUGGGCAUGUGGGAGCGAGACACAUGGAAGUGGAAGUUUGACUGGACAACCGAACUAUCCGAUAUUGAAUCAGAAACUGUUCACGAUUUGUUGUUAAUUCUAGACCAGGUUAGGCCGUCAAGGGAGGCUCGGGAUCGGCGUAGGUGGAAACCUCAUAAAGCUGGUUUUUUUACUGUCAAAACAGCCUAUAUAGCGCUGAUGCCCAGGCCUGUCCUUGCUUUUGUUAUUUGUGAAUCACAAGAUUGUAGCAAACCCUUCAAGAUCAUUGUUGUUAGUCAAUCAAACUCAUCAUCAAAUUUUACAACAAUUCAAAGUGCCAUAGAUUCUGUUCCUACAGGAAACUCUCAAUGGAUUCACAUCCAAAUUUCCUCUGGUGUUUAUAGAGAACGAGUCUUCAUUCCCAAAGCCAAGCCAUGCAUUUAUCUUGAAGGAGCUGGUAGAAAUUCAACAAGUAUUGAAUGGAGUACACAUGUGAAUGCUACAUUCGUAUCAAAAGCAAAUAACACAGCUGCAAAGGGCAUUACUUUCGUGAAUACAAUGAACAGUCCAGUAAUGUUGGAGGUGCCUAGCAUCAUACAAGCCAGAGCUGCAUGGAUCUAUGCAGAUAAAUGUGUUUUCUAUGAUUGUGCUUUUCUUGGGGUGCAAGAUACCCUAAAUGAUGAUUGGGGUCGACAUUACUACAAAAAUUGUUACAUUCAAGGUGGAAUCGAUUUCAUAUAUGGGGAUGGUCAAUCUCUUUUUGAGGCAAGUACAAUAUUUUUUUCAAUGGGAAAAAAUGGUCCAAAAAUAGAUGGGGUUAUUACAGCACAUGAAAGGAAAUCACCAAAUGACCCAAGUGGGUUUGUGUUUAAAAAUUGUAACAUAAGUGGGACUGCAGGAGGAAAGGCUGAACUUGGUAGGGCAAUGGAUGCUUAUGCAAGAGUCAUCAUAGCUGAUUCAUACUUAUCUGAUGUGGUUAAACCUGAGGGUUGGAGUCCUAGAACUUUUGUUGGCCAUGAGUAA